ACGCUAGAGGGCGAACGAACGUAAGGGAGAGAAUGAAAGACGUCAAAUGGUCGUACAAAUCAGUGUUUCCUUCUGACCGAGUGUAACGAGUCUGCACGACAGUCGUCUCGUUAUUCGUUUUUCAACCGCCUUAAACUCGUUCGGACGACAUUUUCUUUCUUUUUUUUUCUUUUUAAAUUUAAUAAACGGUUUGCAGAAUAAACAAGUUGAAUCGUAUAUAUUGAAUGGCAAGUUUCAAGAACAAGAAGAAAGAAGAUAUCCCAACGGCCAAAGUUCUGUCGCAUUUUCCGUUGACAUCCGAAGAUAACGAUACUCCUUCGAGUGGCGAUUGUUCCACCUGGCAUUGCGCCUUUGCCCCCGACGAAAGUUACUUUGCCUGGUCUUGUGGAAAUAAUAUCGUGUCUGUUGUUAGUUGGGAUCGUCGCAGACAGUCACCUGUAAAAACUGAGGAGAAAACUGAAUCACCAAUACAGAAACCUUUACAUAUAUAUACAAGUUUUAAAAUCCAGUCUAUUGCAUUUGGAAGUACAAAUAAUGCAAAUUUAAUUUCUACUGCUUGGUGGACCAGAUGGAGUGUGUCAAAAAAUUUAGUUCUCGCAACAGGCCAUAAAAAUGGAUACAUACGAACCUGGGAUGUUGCAACAGGUCAGUUAAUUUUACAUUUGACCGAUCAUCGAGACUCUGUAACAGCUUUAUCAUUUGCUACGAAUGGCAGUUUGCUUUUGUUAUCAUGUUCAUCAGAUCACAUGUUAAAAAUAUGGGACAUAAUUGAUAAUGGAAAUAUGUGUAAAACAGUGAAAACUUCAAAACCAAUAACUACUUGCUCAUGGUCUCCAAACAGUAAAUUAAUUGCAUCUGUUGGAGGAAAUGUGGCUCAUAUAUGGGAAACAAAUGAUUUUACACUUAAAACUACUUUGAACGGCCAUCAUCAAAGGAUCAUCUCUUGUAAAUUUUCAUCGGACAACAGUUUGAUAGCUACUGCUUCUUGUGAUACUAGGGUUAUUUUGUGGCAGGUACAAACUGGACAAAUACUUCAUAUCUUUGGCCAUUUCUUUCCACCGCCUUCAAAAUUUAGCACUCCUGGUAAGGAUGGCACCUGGAUUCGAGACUUAGCAUUUUCUCAAGAUGGUAUUCAUAUAGCAACUAUAGCAGAAGAUGGGUAUGUUCGUUUUUGGAAUAUACUUUCUAAUUCAGAAAAUCCUGAAGUAAUUGGAGAAAUGGAUGAUCCUUUUUGUUGUGCCUAUUCUCCAUCGGGAUCAAUAUUAGCAGUCGGAUCUUCCAACGGAAUCAUGACAUUCUGGAAGGCAGAAACCCGAGUCCGUCCACUGCUGCAUUUUAGUCGUUUGGCCAUAACCGAAAGUCUUCAGUCACGCGACCUCGAUAAGCUUUAUCUUCCCAAAAGUUUGAAAAAUUACAUUCUGUACGAGUAGAGAGACCAAUCGUAAUCUCAAGCGAAGACCCAUCUUUUUUUCUUUUUUUACCAAAGCCGCAAAAAUCCAACUUUUCAGAUCGGAUUUGGAUCAGUUUCCGUAUUCGCGGAACCAUUUAACCAUUCGUUUACCGGACUUUUCAAAUAUUUAUGAAGCUAGACGAAACUGUCGAGGACGGGUUUAGUGCGGGCAGCUCUUUCCCAGAACCACAAAACCAUUGUCGAUGAUGAGACACGAGAAUUUUACCAUUCCAAUUAAUCAAUUCGCUUAACGACUCAUCGUGUAUUGAAUAUUACAUCUUGUAUUUUUGUGGAAAAGAAAGUGUGUUUUUUUUAGAAGAAUUUCACUAUUUUAUAAGUGGAUGAAUGCAGGAAAUUUUACCUACUGAUAACGCCAAAGAAUCUCAUCCGGUAUAAUCCAUAUUUUCCAUUGUUCUUAUUGAUUAUCAUGUAAAGAAUUUUUAUGAAAUAAAAAUAUAUAAAAAAAAGUUAUUAUUGUAUUGUAGAUAUCUUCUAUAAUAUAUAGGCUAUAUAUAGAUAAAUUCACGAUUGUAAUUAGUUUUAAAGUUUUUACAGUGGAUUUUUGAAGGUUAAAAUAUAAAGGCUGCUGUUUUAUCCUCACAUUUUCUUCUAUAAUUCUCCGAUAUGAUGAAUUUGUUGGAAAAUUUUACUUAUCUUUAAUCUUAGAUAAGUGAAAUUUCUUACGAUUUUAUCGGAUAACUGUGGAAUCCCAGUUUUCGAGGUUAAAGCAGAAACCUCUCAAGAUUAUAAAAUGUCUAAAGAAAACUCGAUUGAUGGUUACAAAGUGCAAAAUCGUAAAAUAUCGUACUUUGUGUAUAACAACAUUAAUAAAAGGAUGGAUUGUAUGGCUUCUUUACGCCUUAAUAAAUAAAAGUUUUUAUUUUCUACAAUACAGAACUUUUUAACGAUAUUUUCUUAGAAUAUAAACAAGUUCGUUCUAAAUUUUUAGGAGAGAAAAAGUUAAAACAAAAGGAAGAAAAAAAACAUUAACAUUGUUCUAUUUAUUCUACAAAAUCUCUCUUGCUUCUUGUGCCAAGUCUAUUACAAAAAUUGUAAAUUUAAUUUUACGAUACUUUCAGAACGGGGAAGUUUCAUCAUUUUUGUAAUCGAUACUUCAUAAACGACAUUUGUUACCACGUUUCGCCUUACCGCUAGAAUUAUUUUUGCCAAAAGAAUUCUAGAAUUACCAACAAUUUUAUACGAAAAAUAAUCGAAUGAAUAAUUCCGAAGCGUUUUACCACGAAUUUGUUGCACCUUACUCCAGUGAAAAGUUACAUCGGUUACUAGGCAGGAAUCGACUAUACACCAAUGCCAUUCGAAAAACAAUCGGUAUUAUGGCGUCAUCACGCAAUUUUCUCAUUUGUUCGUUUCGUGUUUUGUGCGAAAGCGUUUUAUUGUGCAAGUGCUCGAAACGGGCGUUAAAAAAUUAUGAAAAAUCGAAGAUGGAAAGUUAUAGGCCCCAUUGUUAUAAAAAAAAAACGACGUAAGCGUACAAAUCGAGGGUUUUCCAUCUUUAUUUUUUAGUUUAAAAAAGUAUAAAGUUUGAUAUUUAUUAUUUAUUUCGGCGGUCAACCUUUACCGUUCGUAAGUAGGCAAAGAUGGUGGAAAUUCCUUGAAGUGUCGAGUGGCCCCGCACCAAUAUAAGUAAACAAAGCAAUUUCCAAAUUGGAAGGAAGCAAGAAUGAGUAAAAAUCGGAAUGUUAUUUUGAUUCGUUAUUCCAACAGAUUUUCUAGGAAAACGCCUUCAUUUUGUCUGUGGUCAUUUUCGGCUUCUGUAACUACUACAGUUUUAUCACGGUUAUUCGUUAUUGGUGAGAUUUUUACGCACGAUUUCAUUGUAAUAUUCAAAACAUUGUUCAAUUGCAGUAAUUGUUAAUCGGGAGUUUAAUUUAAAAACUUCUAGAAAUUCGAUCGAUUACAAAAUUUGUAGCAACAAUUAAUGGCAUCAUCCGAAAAUCGUUCUCUCGUUUAAACUCCGAUAAUUGUCUGUUUUGAAAGAUCGUCUUAUUUCGUGUGUGUUUGCCCUUGGUUUUAUGACGCUUCUUUCGGAAAUCGGCCGAAAAGUACAGAAGUAAAUUUGUUUCCUUCGACGAGAUCCGGAUUGUAAUUCUCCGGAUGCCAUUAAAAGCGGAGUUUUGUGCAUUUGAUACCGAGAUCAAUUCGAUUCCUCUCUAAUUGAUCGAUACUUUUUAAUCUUUGAUCUCGCAGCAAAAAUCAAAAUUACAGUUUGCGUGCGCUAUUAAGAUAACACCAGCUUUUAUCGGGCCUUUAUUGCCCUGGGCGUUUUGUCAAAUCUAUUUGUGACAAAUGUUUUUUUUUUUCUUUGACCGUCGAUUCGAUCGUCAUAAAACAAGUCGAAAAAGUUUUAAAAUUUCCUGGUUUUUACUUCGAAUAUUUCUGCGGAACGAAAACAAAUCGGUCGAUGGCAUUCUGACGAAUGAUAUUUGUCGAUUUAAAAAAAAAAAACGGUUGUUUUGUUUACUCUAAUUAAGAACCAAUUAGAGACCGGAACGUAUCGAUCAGAUCGAAUCGACGAAAACGUAGCUUUGGUUUCGUCUCUGUUCCAAAAAAUUAUAACGAUCUUUAGCAAAAAAUAAAAGAAAGAAAGAAAGAAAAAGGCCAUUUUGUGCAGACCGAGACGUCGAUAAGGCAUCGACUUCAUUUUUCAUUCUCUUCGAUAUUUUUGUCAACAUUCUGUCCUCGGCAGGUGACUUAAAGGCAACAAAUCUAUCAUCCUGGAUUACUCGGACCUCCUCGUUCUAAUACCGUUGGCUCCGUGACGUCACACGGUCUCCGAUACCAGAAAUUAGCAUACGUCUCCGCCGACUGCUUAUUCGACUAAGUACUUCGCUUUCUAGAAUAAUUGACGUUUAAACUGUAUUUUUCUCUUUAUUCUUUCUAAAGAAAAACUUAACUCGCUGUUAACGGAGUAUAACGUAAAGUUUUGUAGUAAUAUUUUAUUUAAAAUACAGUAUAUUAUUACUUGAAAUUAAUGGAGAAACCCCGUUUUUUGUAGCAAAGACAUAAAAGUGUAAUUUUGAACGAUUGUUAAUUAUACAAAAAGGUACAAAAUCUGAAUUAAAAAACACACGCUGCUACAAACAUCAACUUUCUGAUCCCUCACCGCGUAAAUUCAGAAUUGUCACGGUGUAGGAAGACAGAUCGAUGGAUCGAAUGAGCUAAAUAAUUGAUAUUUUUAUUUUGCUAAGCUAAUAUUUUGCAUAAUAAACUAGUAUUGAGGAAUGCAUCAACCCGUAACAUACGAAUAUCGAUUUACAUACCCUCGUUAAUAUUCAAAAGUUUAGAUAAGAAUUUGUUGAUCUUGUCUCCGGGCAAUUUCUAAAUUAUGUAUAACAGGUAAUUUAUCCUUUGUGUAGAGGAAGCGGUUUCGUAUCGAUCCGAUUAUUCUAUAUUCAUAAGAAUUUUUGUAGAUGUUUACCGAAAGAAUUAUUUAAAUGAAGAAAUGGACAGCGUAACGAUCUCCGCUACACGCUGAUCGACACACAGCUUCUUUAUUACCGAGAAUUUGCAAGCAGAGAACCCAAUGCUUGAAAAGUUCGAAUUAAAACAUCAAAAAAGCUUAAAAAAUUCUGUAUUUUUUAAUAAAUUUUAUAGAAUUUUUAUCGGUUUGCUUAAAAUAUAGGCCUAUAUAUAUAUAUAUACAUUUUUUUUUAAAAGUAGCAUCCAUUAAAAGUUAAGAUGCCGAAGAGGAAUGUCUUAAAGUUCUCUUUUAAGGCACUUAAAUUUUAUAUUGCUUUAGAGAUUUUACGUUAUUCAAUCUUUAAAAUAUUUUUAUUUUUUUCUAAAAAAAAAAGAAGAAAUGUUGCAGCAGCGAUUUUUGUUUGUUUAAAAAAAACUAGAAAAAAAAUCCAUGUUUAAAUAAUAAAGUGGCCAACGUAAACAAAAAAAGAAUGGAAAAAAUCGAAGCGUGGGAUGAUUAAAAGUGACAAGAAUGGCAAGAAAAAUCUGCGAAGGAUGAACCGUGAAGAAUUUUUUGACGAAAAUUGACAGAGAUUGUGAUUUUUAUGUUCUUAAUCGUUUCUGAUUUUUGUCGGGUAGAAUUAACUGGAAUUUUUUUUUCUUUGAACAUUUUCUACUAAAUUUAGAAGCCAACUUACCGAUGCUAAAGUCGAGUUAAUAGCAGAAAAUUUAUGGAAUAAAAAAAAAUAAAGUUUUUCA